AUCUUCUUCUUCUUCUUUAACCUAAAGAAAGCUCUUUCUCUUUCCUCGCUUCCUUUUCAAGAUUCACUAUCUACGGCUAGGAAGGAUCAAGAACCCAUCGGAGCUACCUUCCCUGUUUCAGAAACAGAAGAAGAAGAAAGAUUGAUUCUUUCUUGUUUAUUUUUACGAACAGCUGUUUAUAUUCAAUCUAGACUAGUAACAAUGGCGGAUGAUGAUGAUUACGUGUGUAACGACGACGUUUUGAUCUCAACUGAAGAUUUACUAUCCUCUGCCUUAAAGCUAGUUCCAACGGCGGUUGAAAAGGCUAAGCUUGUUAAAGGGUUUCAAGCAAAAUGGAAGAUGAUAAUUUCAAAACUUGAACAGAUCCCUUCACGUUUAUCAGAUUUAUCAUGUCAUCCAUGUUUUUCCAAGAACACUCUCUGUAAAGAACAAUUACAGACAGUUUCCAUCACUCUGAAAGAAGUAAUCCAGUUAGCUGAAACGAGUAUCGCCGAGAAAUUUGAAGGGAAACUUCAAAUGCAGAGCGAUUUAGAUGCCUUGAUCGGAAAACUUGACUUGAAUUUGAAAGACUGUAGCUUGCUAAUCAAAACCGGCAUGCUUGUAGACGUUACAGUCCCUGUUUCAAUUCCAAUUUCAAUUUCUCCGUCGCCGCAUGGAAAUAUCAGGGAACUACUAGCCCGUCUGCAAAUUGGGCAUUUGGAAUCCAAACAGAAAGCUCUCGAAACGUUAAUCGAAAUCAUGCGAGAUGAUGAAAAGAUGGUUUUUUCCGUUCUGGGUCGGAGCAAUGUCGCUGCUUUGGUUCAAUUACUAACAGCAACUUCUCCUCGUAUGCGAGAAAUGACGGUUUCUGUUCUUUGUUCUUUAGCCGAAUCAGGAAGCUGCGAGAAUUGGUUGAUUUCAGAAGGUAUUCUUCCACCUUUAAUCAGACUACUUGAAUCCGGUAGUUCAUUCGGUAAAGAAAAAGCUGUUAUCUCCCUUCAAAGACUAUCAAUGUCACCGGAAACCGCAAGAUCAAUCGUCGGCCAUGGAGGAAUCCGACCACUAACAGAAAUCUGUAGAUUUGGCGAUUCCGUUGUUCAAUCCUCCGCCGCUUGUACUCUGAAAAACAUAUCAACCCUACCCGACGCCAGACAAACAUUAGCAGACGAAUCAGUGGUAAAACUAAUGAUUGAACUCUUAAACAUCGGAUCAUUAUUAGGCACGAAAGAAUACGCAGCCGAAUGUCUACAAAACCUAACAUCAACCAACGACAGUCUCCGGAAAGCUGUAAUCUCCGCCGGCGGUGUCAAGAGUUUGUUGGAUUACAUCGACAGUCCAUUCCCACAAGAACCGGCGAUUGGGGCGGUAAAAAAUUUGGUUAGUUUAAUGUCAAUUGAAGUUCUGACAUCUAUGGGUUUGAUUCAACGUUUAGUUCAUGUUUUGAAAUCUGGGUCGCCGGGUGCUCAACAAUCGGCGGCGGCGACUGUUUGUAAGAUUUGUGGGUCGAUUGAGAUAAAGAGGUUGAUGGGUGAAGCGGGUUGUAUUCCGUUUUUGAUAAAGAUGCUUGAAGGGAAAACUUAUACAGGUAGAGAAAUGGCGGCUCAAGCUAUUUCGAUCUUGAUUGUUGUUCCUCAAAAUUGUAGGGAAGUUAAGAAGGAUGAUAAGAGUGUUCCUAAUUUGGUUCAAUCGCUUGAUCCGAGUUUACAGAAUACGGCUAAGAAAUAUGCGAUUGUUUGUUUGACUGCGAUAUCGACUAGUAAGAGAUGUAAAAAGGGUAUGAUUUCUUAUGGGGCAAUUGGGUAUCUUAAGAAGCUAAGUGAAAUGGAAGUGGUUGGGGCUAAGAAGCUUCUAGAUCGAUUGGAGAGAGGGAAGAUUAGAAGUUUCUUUAGUAGGAAAUGAUGUUUUUGUUUUUGUUUUUGUAAUCGGAUUGUUAUCUGUUAUGUUUCGUUUCAUAUGCUGUAUGAAAUAUUAAUCAAGAUUUGGUAAGAUCUAUGUAAAAAUGCUUCCUUUUUA